AUUUACCUAUCCCUAAUUGACAUCUGAAAAAAAAACAACAAAAUUGCAGUUUUCGUUCGUAAAGUGCAUUGAACAACAUUAGAAAAUCUAAAAAAAAGUAAACAAUUGAAAAUAAUUUUAACACCACAACACAUAAAUUAUUACGCAAACAAGAAUUUGCAAGAAAAUGUAAACAAUUUGCAUGGAAAUGUAAAAACAGUGUUGUGUAUUGUCACCUUAUCUUGAAAGGCGUAUCUAGCAAAGCAACUGUGUGCGCGUGUGUGUGUGUGUGUGGUGUUAUUUGUGGGUGAAUACAAAAAUCAAACGGCCCCUUGCCAAGAAACUCCAACAAACCGAAGAAGAACGAAAGAGGAAAAGGGCGCUAAUUGUUUAAUUGGUUGGAUAGGUGGUGGUGAUUCAAGUUUUGUUAUUAUUCGGGCAAAAAUCCCCUUUGUUUCUAAAAGUGAUUAUCCAAGAAAAGAAGCUAUUGAAGGCAAUAGGAAAAUGCUUAAAAUCGAUAAAACUGUGGAAUGUAAUUCGGCCAUUAUGGAGCCCUGCGAUUCGUUGACCUUCUACAGGGAAGAAGCAUUACGACCCGACAUUGUUUGCGAUGCUGAUUUUAGAUCCAUACCCUUCACCUCAACCGAUUAUGAAGUCAUGGACAAUUCAACGGAUCGCUCCUUUCUCUUGAUGGAUGCCAACGAACAUUUGCACAUUGCCACCCCUGAAUUGUUUUGCAAAAAGCUGCACUGUCCUGAUACUGCCAAAAUUAAAGUGGUUACCAUUUUUGGCAAUACCGGCGAUGGUAAAUCACACACCAUGAAUCAUACGUUCUUUAAGGGUGAAGAGGUUUUUAAAACGUCACCAGAACAAAAUUCCUGCACCCUGGGUGUUUAUGCGGCAAUGCAAAAUGAAAUUGGUGUGCUAUGUUUGGAUACGGAGGGUUUGUUGUCCACUUCAUCGAAAAGUAAUCAACGCAUGCGCAUGUUACUUAAGAUUCUAGCCAUAUCAGAUAUUGUGAUAUAUCGCACACGCUCAGAACGAUUGCAUAGUGAUAUGUAUGAGUUCUUAGGCACUGCUUCGAAGGCAUUUUGUUUGCAUUUCUCCCAGGCCUUGCAGUCGUUGUCGAUACAAGGCUCUGCCAAUUUGGGACCAGCUGUAAUAAUAUUCCACGAAACAAGGCAUACAAAACCCUUGGAAAAUUCUGUUGAAGAAAGUGCCGAGGAGAAAUUGCGCGAAAAAUUUGCCCGUCUAAACUAUGACAUCAAUGCUUUCAGUUCACUGCGUUAUGUGGGUAUACAGACCUCUUCCAACGGUUCAACCGAUUAUAACAAACUUAUUGCAGCUUUACGUGUGGAUUUGGAUAAUACAACAGUGCGUUCGGCACGCCAGCCCAGCAUUAUCUUUAAAGCCAUGAGGGCCUUGAAUAAAAAAUUCUCUGGUGAAAUUGUGGAGAGAUCUAUAAAUCCCUUUCCCGAACAGUAUUUCACAUGUCCCAUAUUGUGUGCCUCAUGUAAUCGCCGUUGCCAGCGUUCCAUGGGCCAUGAGGGAGAGGACCAUUUGAAUUUAAAUCCCUGCCAGCACCAGCAUCAAUUCGAAAACAAGGUUGAGCUGUGUAAAGUGUGUUAUAACAACGGACGUGAGGUGAUUGUCACACGCAUUGACACAUGGACUCACAGCGUAAUAAACUGUCCACAUUGUGGCGAAAUAGCCAAGACAUUUAAAUAUUGGAGUGGCACACAAGAAUGCGAUGCCAUUCGGACCCAGACAGUGCAUAUUUGGAAGGAUAGUAACAUAUCGCCCAAAGGACCUUCCCAUUCGGGACAAAUGGUCUUGGACAAGGUGUCCUAUGUGUGCGAGGCCCUGACUAAUUUCUCAUCACAGCCAACGGGGGUACUAAAAGAAUGGUGUGCCGACAAGGUUGCCCCCAAAUAUUGGAAACCUAAUCAUGAAAUUGUGAAUUGUUUUUCUUGCAAGAAAAACUUUGAUAAGACUGGCCUGCGCAAACAUCAUUGCCGUGGUUGCGGUGAGGGUUUCUGUGAUGCCUGUUCUAAGCAUAGAAUGCCAGUGCCGGCCCGCAAAUGGUUUGAAAAUGUCCGUGUGUGCAAUGAUUGCCGCCAAUUCCUACUUAAACAUCCCAACUCCAUGCCAGAUCAAGAAGAACAAACUACUAAUGAUAAUACUACUAACUCUCAAAAUCAUACUGCAGGAUCAAGUAAUGCUGAUGCAACAGCAGCAGCUCACGAGGAAACAGAUGUAACCGUACGUAAAUGUGGUGAAACGCUUUACAACACAAUCAGCAAUGUGGCGUCGGUAGCUUUGGAAUGUACCAAAGAUAUCAUCAAAGAUACAGCUAGACCUGAUUAUUGGGUACCCGACUCGGAAGCCCUUAGUUGUCACAUUUGUAAAAUGAAAUUUGGCACUGCCGAAGAAUUAUUGGCCCUAGCCAUGUCCAAUGCCAAUGAGAGAGCGCAAAGUCCUCAACGUUCCUUUAAGGGAGGCGACUGUAAGCGCCAUCACUGUCGCAAGUGUGGUCAAGGAGUCUGUGCCGAGUGCUCAAAAUCUCGGCGCCCUGUACCUGAACGUGGUUGGCUGGAUGAUGUACGGGUUUGUGAUGAGUGUGUUAGUGAUAAUGUGAAUACAACCGUCGGAGGUUCAUCGUCGUCGUCGUCGGUGCCGCCAGAUAAUGCCACACCACGUACCAAUAGCAACUGCAGCAGUGGUGGUGGUGGUGGUAGUCAGCGCCAGUCUGAGGUUUGUUUUCUGGAUGAUCCCAAAACCAAAGUUGAAUAAUUUUGUUAACUUUGUUUAUUUGUUUUUUAAAUACCCCCACUUACUGGGCAUUGCUUUUAAAGACGUUUUAGUGGUUACCUGCCCCUGAAGAUACUACCUUUUGUUUAUUGUUUUUUAUUAUUAUUAUUACUAUUAUUAUAAAUCAUUACUUUAGAGUGUCUUCGUGUGAUAAACAACAUCCUUAUUUAUACCUAUAUAUAUGUUGAACAAAAAAUAUCAUAUACAUAUUGAUAUAUGUAAGAAAGAAAUGAAUUGAAAGGUUAGUUCAAAACUAUGUUACAAAAUACAAACUUGAUUUCAAGAUAUUUUUAAAA